CGCUGGCAUUGCUAUUCGGACUGGCUGCUACCACGGUUUGUUGGAACCACCGCCCUCUCACAUAACUACCGACGCUCAUAGCAUUCAGGGCGCUCACCCGGGAUAAAGAGAGUUCGUCCUUGAACUUUCGAAGUAGUGGAAGGUUUUGUCAGAAAGGAGUCUUUCCAGGGUUUUGCAUAUCUUGUUCGACAACGGACCCACAUCUCGAUAUUCGUGCUGAGCCGAGCGGAUACUGUUGGCCAAAGCCGCUUGCUCUUCAAUCGUCCUUUCUAACUUCAUUCAAGUCGAUUUCCACCUUCCCGGACAAUUUUCCUCCCCCCGGCCCCCCGCAUUAUGACCGCCAAAAAGCAAACGUCCCAAUUCUCUGCGCAAGCAGUGAAGCAACAAAAGCAAAACCACGAAUUGCAUCAAACGGCGGCCUUCUCUCUCUCCGCAUUCGACAAUGAAGCACCGAGGAGCGGCAGUGCCGGCACGCCCAGCUCAAGCCAGUAUUUGGCUGCCGUGGCGCCCGGCGUAGGGUCUUUCCGGUUGCGUGUGUGGGACACCCGGACCUCGUCCCUAGCAGGCGAACAUGUCGGUACUGCCGGUGCCACAUGCACGGCGGUCUCGUGGGGUACUACUCAGGAGGGGUCUGCGAGUACAGAGGGAGAAAAGAAGAAGAAGAGGAGAAGGUCAGGAGCCCCUACCGCAUCGACCGGCAACGAGCAGAAGGUGGUUGCGAUGGGUCUUUCCAAUGGGGAAGUGCAGAUUUACUCCCUCGCGCAUGGCAAGGUUGUCAGCACUCUGAGUGGCGUGCAUACGGCUGGCGUGACGGAUUUCGCGUUUGCGGCUGACGGCGUGCGGGGUUACUCUGCGGGUCUGGAUGGGAUAGUCGCCGAGUGGGACGUUCGGACUGGAGCGGAACUGGGACGGAUGGUUGCGGAUGGCAAACCGGUAAAGAAGGUCCGCGUGUCCAACGACGGCACGAAGCUGCUGACGGCCGGCCACGCUAUUCGGUUAUGGGAUGUUGCUGCAAGAUCGGUACUAAAGACAUAUCCUGGGCACGCGUCUGAGGUCAUCAGACUUCAGUUCAGCGCCGACGGUGCGCUCUGCGUCUCGGCUGCGGAGGAUGAUAGGCACUUAGGUGUCUGGGACACUACCAAAGAAGGCACCAGUGAUCGAAUCACGUCUCUCACGAUGGAGUCGUCCCCUAUCCACAUUGCGCUUUCGGCAAAUAACGCCGUGCUGUCGCUAACGGAGGAGGGAGUUGUAUAUUUAUGGGCGGAUGCGGCAAAGACGGAGGUGACGGCCUCUGCGAGCAAGAAGAAGAGAAAGACAGCAAACCUAUCACGACCAGCGGAAAGCAGCAUUCGCAUCGUGUCCACGGACGACAAGAAGCCAUUACCCGUUCUAGCCGCCACGUUCUCUGACGACAAGGUUCUGAUCGCAAGGGGACAUGUGGUCAAACCCGCUUUCGAACGGAUAGACUAUGUCAACGACGACGGAGCAUUGCACAACAUCGAGCUGAGCCGCAAACACGUCCACUCCGUCCUCCUGGAACAGGAGACCGCCGUAGGCGCGUCUGGCGCGAAAGGAUCGACCACCCCGUAUAAGGAGGACCACAACACUCUAAUCCUCGGAGCCGGUGACCUCCCACUCGACAGCUCCUCCCUCACCGGCGACGCGCAUCUCCUCUCCAACGCCGAGCAGAACGCACUGAAAGAACCCACCCUCGAAGAGCGUCUCUCCGCCAUGUCCGUCGCACCCACCGGCACAGACACCAAAGCGGCACGCAGCACCACCACCAAAUCCCGCCGCCCGCCCACCGCCAACUCCCUGCACCAAAUGCUCUCCCAAGCAAUCCACACCAACGACAUCCAGCUCCUCGAACAAGCCCUCCAAGUCCACGACCCCGACAUGAUCCUCGCGACCGUGCGCCGCCUGCCCCCCGCCCAAGUCAUCCCCCUGUUAGACCAACUCCUCCUCCGCCUCCAAAAACGCCCCAACCGCGCAAAACAGCUCAUCGAAUGGGUCCGCGCCGUCGUCCUCGUCCACGCGGCUUACCUCAUGUCCGUCCCGCACCUCGCCGCGAGUCUAGGCGCGCUGUACCAGUUGCUUGAUUCGCGCGCUGCGGUUUUCCAGAAGCUGUUGAGGUUGAGUGGUCGUCUCGAUUUGGUGGUUUCGCAGACUGCGUUGAGGAGUAAGGCGAGCGGGGGGGAGGUGCUCGAGGAGGAGCCGUUGGUGGCGUAUGAUGAGGAGGAGGAGACGGAUAGUGAGGAUGAGGAGGGGUUGGAAGGGGAGGAGGAGGUUGAUGGGAUGGAGUUGGAUGAGGAGGAGGAUGAUGAAGAGUCUGAAGAAGAGGACGACGUCGAUGAAGACGACGAUGAAGACGACGAAGAAGAGGAGGACGAAGACGGCAUGUAAAAAAAAACACAAUAACACCCUCAAUUCCACACCGCACAAGUCUAUCAUCCUCAAAUCCGUACGCACGCACGCACGCACGAGUCAACCGCAACAUCAUCACAAUAGACGUAGUAUAUAUAGGCCACCAUCACCACACGUAGGGUAGAUUUCACGGGCGCCCGCCGUCCGCUGUCCGCUGUCAUAUCACACACCGUACCGCGUCCACAGCAACCACUGUCUCCAUCCCUUUUUAUUGUCAUUCUUUAUGUUUAUUUCAUCUUUUAUUGGGUAUGCAUGUGUCGCAGCGUAUACUUGGUUGAGCGUUCUCGGUCUAGCGGGUCGUUUGAGGAGGAAAGCGGGGAUCGUCGAGGACGCGUUCGCCAUCGCAGCUCUGAU